UAUCCAGUGCUUCCUCAAGAUCUCUCGUCAGAUAUCCAGCAAUUUGCCGAGACUUACUUUGCCAAGCAAUACUUCUCAACACAUCGAACGGGCUUUCUGUUCAAAAGAAAGGUCCCGGUGGAGCAGUUGAUGUCGUGGCAGAAGCCCCUUCUGAGCUCCCCUCUCCUUAUGUUGAAUAAGUCACUGCAUAAGGACGCCUUGAAACUGUUCAAGGUCAUCCAGCAUGUGAUGGGAGACCGCGAGCGCGAUCGGCCAGUGGGCUCGCGAGCAGGAGCAGAUACUCACGCGCCUCACAAUGCGUCCACUCCCUCACUAGUUAGCGGAUCAUCCGCUGCUCUGCUAGAGGAAGAACGGUGGCUGUUGAGCGAAGGGCUUGCGCAUGGAGAACUGCGGGAUGAGAUAUACUGCCAGGUCAUGAAACAGCUCACCGGGAACCCUAACACUGAAAGCAUCUUUAAAGGCUGGCAGCUUCUUUGUGUCCUACUCGCGACGUUCCCUCCUUCCAAGGACUUCGAGACCUACCUCCGCUCGUACCUUCAGCAGGCUACCUCACAUCAUGAAGGUCGGACUGAUGUGAUGGCGAAAUAUUGCCUGCGACGAUUGGCGUAUGUCUCGCGGAAAGGACCACGGGGAAAACCACCUACUGUCGCCGAAAUCGAGACGGCCUCUGAUGCCGCUUUCCAUCCCUCAAUAUUUGGAGAAUCACUGGACGCAGUGUACAGACUUCAGGAGCGGAGUUACCCCCACAUGAAAAUCCCGAUUAUUCUCCCGUUCCUCGCAGAUGGCAUCCUUGCGCUAGGAGGUACCAAGACCGAGGGUAUCUUCCGUGUGCCUGGAGACGGAGAUGCUGUCUCUGACCUCAAACUUCGCAUCGACAAGGGUUACUAUAGUCUUGAUGGUGUCGACGACCCUCAUGUCUUGGCUUCGCUCAUGAAGCUCUGGUUACGCGAGCUUUGCGAUCCCCUUGUUCCGGAUGAGCUGUACAACGAUUGCGUCUCGAGCUCGAAAGAUCCGGACGCGUGUGUGCAAAUCAUUCACAGGUUGCCGACAAUUAACCGGCGGGUCGUUUUGUUCGCCGUCAGUUUCUUGCAGCUGUUUCUAGACGAGAAGAUUCAGGCUGUUACCAAGAUGACCUCUGCGAAUCUCGCCUUGGUGAUGGCCCCGAAUCUCCUCCGCUGCAACUCGGAGUCAAUGGCCGUUGUCUUCACAAAUGCCCAGUACGAACAAACGUUCGUGCACAGUCUGCUCCUUCACCUCCAAUGCAACGCAGUAGAUCCCGACUACAUUCCCAGCCAUGGUCAGGGUGCCCUCCCGCCGUCGAACGCGGCACCUCGAGGAUCUCAGUCACGCCGUCAUCCUCAUCAUUAG